GCGGGGAGAUCGAGCAUCAUAUUUGCCGACUGCCCGACAUGGGACCACGAUCGACUAUGCCUAGCAUCGGCGUCGGACUUAAGGUAAUGUGCGAAGUGAUAUCAUGACGACAGGGGGGAUCAACAGACCGGAAGAAGGAUAAGUAGGAUAUCUUUUCAGCUUUGUUUAUCCUGAGACUGUUUUUCGUCGGCUCUGCGAGCUGCCGAGGGAGUGGGACAUCUUCUGCGGACCGAUUCGUUUAAGACAGCCACGAACAAAAUGGCGACCGGGGGCUUUCCCUACAAGCAUGUACUCCUCAUCGGAGCGACGUCAGGCAUCGGACGAGCUCUGGCCGAGCGAUUGCUCGAAGAAAACAUCCAAGUGACCGCUGUUGGCCGACGCCAAGAGCGCCUGGAUGAGCUGGUCCGGAAACAUGGGGCCGACAAAGCCCACGCGGUGGCCUUUGACAUCAACCAACUUGACGCCAUCCCGAAGUUUGCGGAGGACGUGACGAAGCAGUAUCCCGACAUUGACAGCGUAUUCAUCAAUGCCGGAGUGCAGCGGCCAGCAGAUUUCUCAUCCCCCGCGAGCGUGGAUCUGAAGGAGUUCCAUGAGCAAAUGCAUACCAACUAUGCGGCCGCGGUCUCCCUCGCCCACGCGUUCCUACCCUUUCUGUUGGAAAAGGGAGAGACAACUCCCACAAGUCUGAUCUUCACUUCGUCUAACCUUGCGAUCGUGCCUGCCGUCCCCAUCCCCGCCUACUCGGCUUCCAAGGCGGCCCUGCAUGUCUUUGCGAUGUGUCUGCGGUGCCAGUUGGCCAAGAAGAAGAAUGUGAAGGUGAUUGAGGUCUUCCCUCCGGCUGUCCAGACGGAACUCCACGAUUACCUUGGGCCCGAAAGGGGCCGCAAUUUGGGAAUGCCUCUGGACGAAUUCACAGCCCAAGCGUGGCAGGGUUUGGCGAAUGGCGAUGAUGAGGUCCAUGUCGGAUUCAUUGGGUCGAAGGAACGGUUUUUCGCCCUCGCUCGUGGACGUCGCGAGGCUUGUGAGGAGUUCGCCGUUGGACCGCUCUGAGAUCAUUUAUCAAAUAUCGUGGAGCAAAUACUCGUCCAAACUCCAGAGAUGCCGCAGCCAGCUAGCCGCGUUGACUUGAACCUGAAUAUGCUAGUUGGAACAUGUAA